AACACUGAAGAAAUGUCAGAAAUAACACAAUCAUCCUCUUGGUUGAAUUUUCUCGACAAAUUCUCUUAGUACACGUGUACCUACAUUAUAUUGUUAAUAAUUUCAUCAUCAGCAUCUAUUUAUGCUCGAACUGUUGAAGUGUAUUGUGUUUUAAAAGUUGUGUACAAUCCCUUGUAACCUUUUUUCUUAGUGACCUAGUUGUUUGUGUUUACAUUGUAAAAUGUCUGAAUUUAGGGACUGGUAUAACGGGGUACCGUUUUUUACGCGGUAUUGGUUGACUCUAACGAUAGUAUUUAGUUUAUUUGGCCGAUUUGGACUCCUGAACUAUGGUUAUUUAGUGCUUGAUUUUCACUAUUUCAUCUAUCAAUUCCAGAUAUGGCGGCCACUAACAGCAUUAUUCUUCUACCCAAUCAGUCCGAGCACAGGUUUCCACUUCCUGAUCAACUGUUACUUCCUCUACAACUACUCACAGCGGCUAGAGACUGGCAUGUUUGCCGGCAAGCCCGCUGACUACUUCUACAUGUUAUUAUUUAACUGGAUCUGCUGUGUCAUCAUUGGACUUCUAGUUGGAUUGCCUAUUCUAAUGGACCCAAUGGUCUUGUCAGUACUAUAUGUAUGGUGCCAAUUAAACAAGGAUGUCAUAGUGUCAUUCUGGUUUGGUACUCGGUUCAAAGCAAUGUACCUGCCAUGGGUACUUCUAGCUUUCAAUCUAGUCAUCAGUGGAGGUGGUGUGAUGGAGCUGGUGGGCAUCCUGAUCGGCCACUUAGCCUUCUUCCUCCUAUUCAAGUACCCUCAGGAGUUUGGCGGCCCAGCUCUUCUUACUCCACCUAAUUUCUUGAAACAGAUAUUCCCGGACACAAGGUACGUGGGUGGGUUUGGUACUGCCCCACAAGCGCGGGUCCCCACACGGCCGGGCGCCACUGUCUUUGGGGGCCACAACUGGGGGCGCGGACAGACCCUUGGGGGCAACUGAGAUAACCACGCAACAAAAACGGCUUAGUAUAUUAUUAUAAAAGGAUUGUUUCCUGCACUGAAGUUGUGAUUGGUGUUAUCAAGGCAAAGGCAAUGUAAUAAUAAUACUUUGUAAUUUAAAGCUAUAGUUGUACUUUCCGUGAUUGUUUGAACAAAUGAUAUAAAUGUAUGUGUCAGUUAAAAUUAGUAAUAAGAAUGUUGAGCAAUCAACUAAGCCUUAAAAUGCUAUAAUAAUUCUAAUUUGUCUAUUAUAAAGAGGUCCCAUAUUUUUCUAGAGCUGUACAGUUACAUUACCUUUGCCUAACUCGUCGAUAUUUUAAUAGUAAAUUCUUGGAUAGUUUGAAUAGACUCUGUGCUCAUAAAAAUGUGUUGAAAUGUAAAAAAUGAUUUGACAAUUUAAUGUCCAUUGCUGUUGUCCUAUUAGAAGUUGAAUUAACGUUGUUAGACUGUCGUAAAUGAAUGUCAAAACUUGUUUAAUGUUCACAUAAGUUUUGUGUUUUUGUAACGGAAUGAAUGAUUUUAAAAUAUUCUAUGAUAAAGACAUAAUAUAUACUGUUGUUUGCGUGUAGCUAAAGUUUAAUAUUUUGUCUUUAUUAAUUGUAGCCUGAGUUUUCUGAACUGGAAACAUUGUACCCUAAUGUUGCCAGGAUACACACCUGCAUAUAACCUACUUGUAUUUAUCAAGCUUUUAUUUAAACUAGUCUGAUGUUGCAAUUAUAAUUUGUUUGAUUAUUCCAUAGUAUUCAUACAACAUGAACUAUUUAGGUAUAUUAUCAUCAUUUUCAUCCUUAUUUUACUAUUUCCAAAGGCGUGGGAAUUAUUUUACUGGGAAUAACUAUAAUUUAAUUAUUAAUAUGGUUAAUGAUCAACGAAUCUGUUGGAAAUGGGAAGAUGUAACUUCUUUUUGUAUCUCAAUCUUAAAAAUAACUUGCCACUUGCACUUCAAACAGGAUAUCAAUUCAUGUGGACGCUCUCUUACUUACCCAUACCCUUAAGUAAAACUUGCAAUUGUGAAAACCUAAUAGAUUAUUUGUGGAGCACUGCCUCUUCUUCACGACUGCAACAGUAGGCAGCAGGUAACUGGGUUGAGGAGGUCAGAUAGGCAGGCGAUCCUUUUAAAACGGUACCUAGCAGCUUUUGGUUAGAGUAUCGUUGAUAAAACCUACAAAAUCUAGCUUCCCAUUUUUAACUUUACCUAGUUCUUAUUUUCUAUUAUUAUUCUGUAUAAGUUAACUCCACUAGAGACUUGCAUUUACUUCGUGUAGUACGUUUAUUUAAUUUCAUCGUGAUUUAGGACGGGGCGUACCUACAAGUUAACGAGAGAUUUUUUUAACUUUGCUGUAUUCUUCUUAGUUGCUGAAAGGAUCAACAUAUAAACAGAGGUUUUUUCCAUUCUCAGGCAUGCGUAGCUUAUAGUACAGCAUUGCUGUUUUGGAUGGAGUAGAUGCAUGAUGAAACAAGGCAUUCAAAGCAUCAUUAUCAAAGUACUAAAUGUAUUUAAGCAUUGGCGUUAAGUUUGCAACAAAGAAGUAAGGUCUAUAUUAUGUAUGCUUCCUCGUUCACUAGUUGACAAUGCAUUUUUUUUUCGAUUAUCUACAAGAUGCGCCCCUCCUUUAAUUGUUACUAAAAUGUAUUUAUUUAUUCAGCUGUUAUAUUGACGACGACGUGACGAUAUCAGGGAACCUAAACUAGGUAUAUUUCUAUAACAAAAUUGUUUUAACAAUAAAAAACUAUGAUGCAGUUUU